CUUCUGAGACCUGUGGAUCAAGAUGUAGAACUCUUGGCUCCGUCCCUAACUCCAAUUUGGUCUGGACACUACCAUGCUUUCUGCCAUGACGAUAACGGACAAAACCUCUGAAACUGAUUAGGAAAGCACUUGGGAGGGACAUUAAUCUUGCCAGUGUUGUCAGGAGUGAUCAGCGAGUUUUAUUAAAAAGCCCGGAUUGCCUGAAAGGCCUCCUUGUCUGAGUCUGAAUGGCAGGGACAUGGUAAGAUCUUGGGGCAUGCUGUCAGGACCCCUGAUCUCGCCCUCUGGACUGCGAGCUGACACUCCGGGAGGAAGUGAAGGAACCCUGCUUUGUUGAACAGACUGUGCCUGUAGGCAGAGCUGGCCCUGGCAUCAUGAGGUCUCCAGGCUGCACUGGGCCCAAGGCCCUGCUGUUCUUACUGCUGCCGCUGCUUCUGCUGCACCAGGAACCCGUGAAUGCCACCUUCAUCAGCUUCAACCAGGGCCUGAGGGUGAUGAAGGGCAGUUCUGCCUUCCUGUCUGCAGAUCACCUGAGGUUUGCCAUCCCUAAAGAGAAGGAUGCCUGUAGAGUGGAGGUCGUGACGAAUGAGCCGAUAACCCAGAGGGUUGGGACACUCACUCCACAGGUCUUUGAUUGCCAUUUCCUUCCCAACGAAGUCAAGUACGUCCACAAUGGAUGCCCGAUUCUUGAUGAGGACUCUGUAAAGCUUAGACUUUACAGAUUUACUGAAACAGACACCUUCAUGGAAACCUUUCUCUUGCGGAUCUACCUUGUGGAACCAGACUGUAACAUCAUCCGUCUGAGCAGCAACGCACUGGAAGUGACUGAAUUCUAUGGCUUAUCCCAGGCCAUCGAUAAGAACUUGCUCCACUUUGAUUAUGAUAGGGCAGCCAGCCUGGACUGCACCAUCAGACUGGACCCAGCGAGGACUCAGCUGCCAGCCCACGGCAGGCUGGUUGUGGUGAAUCGUAAGCCAGAGGGACCGCGUGGAGAUCAGCCACAUAGCUUUUUCGCUGAGACAGUGCUGUGCGUUCUAGAGCUGGGGCCAGCCCUGAAGUGUCCGGAUGGAAGCUGUGCCCUGGAAGUGAAGAGAGUGGCAAGUCUGACCUUGAGCUGUGAGGAGUUCCUGCUGUCGGGAUUUCACUACCAACACACACAGCCCCCUUCACCCAACGUUGACUACAUCCCCAUCCAUGUGGAUCUCACUGACAGAAGGAGUGGAAUCCUAUACAAGUCAGAGAGUGCGUGGCUGCCUGUCUCUAUCAGAGUUGGCAUUCCUAACCAGGCCCCAAGGCCUGCGUUCAUGGCCAUGUUUGUUCUGGAGGUGGACCAGUUCAUACUGACCCCCCUGACAACCUCAGUCCUGGACUGUGAGGAAGAUGAGACACCGAAACCCUUGUUAGUGUUCAACAUCACAAAAGCCCCACUCCAGGGCUAUGUGACCCACCUGCUGGAUCACACCAGGCCCAUCUCUUCGUUCACCUGGAAAGAUCUCAGUGACAUGCAAGUCGCCUACCAGCCACCAAAUGGCAGCUAUCCUGAGAGGAGACAUUACAAGGUGGAGCUGGAGGUACAUGAUUUCUUCUUUGAGAAGAGUGCCCCUAUCACAGUCCACAUCUCCAUCAGGACAGCAGACACAAAUGCGCCCCGGGUGUCCUGGAAUACAGGUUUGAAUCUCCUGGAGGGGCAGUCUCGGCCCAUUACUUGGGAACAAUUUCAGAUCGUUGACAAUGAUGACAUCGGUGCUGUGCAGUUGGUCACCAUUGGUGGCCUGCAGCAUGGACGGCUUACAGUAAGAGAGGGGAAAGGAUUUCUCUUCACCGUGGCUGACCUGCAGGCUGGAGUUGUACGUUAUCAUCACGAUGACAGUGACACCACCAAAGACUUUGUGGCUUUCAGGAUAUUUGAUGGUCAGCACAGCAGCCAUCACAAGUUUCCUAUCAACAUCUUACCUAAAGAUGAUAGUCCUCCAUUCCUCAUAACCAAUGUUGUUAUUGAGCUAGAAGAGGGCCAGACUGUCUUGAUCCAAGGGUCCACGCUGAGAGCUUCAGACAUGGACUCCAGCGAUGAUUACAUCUUCUUUGACAUUACGAAGCCCCCCCAGGCUGGGGAGAUCAUGAAGAAGCCAGGGCCAGGACUGCUAGGGUAUCCUGUCCCUGGCUUCUUUCAGAGGGACCUGUUCAAUGGGAUCAUUUCCUAUCGUCACUUUGGUGGAGAAAUAUUUGAAGAUUCUUUUGAAUUUGUCCUGUGGGACAGCCAUGAACCCCCAAAUCUCUCAGUGCCACAGGUAGUGACUAUCCACAUCACUCCAGUAGAUGACCAGCUUCCAAAAGAAGCUCCUGGCAUUUCCCGGCAUUUGGUUGUCAAGGAAACGGAGGUGGCCUACAUCACUAAAAAGCACCUACAUUUCCUAGACAUGGAAUCACAUGAUGGGGAGCUUAUCUACACAGUAACACGUCCUCCAUGUUUCUCCUUCAGCCACAGACACUUGGAUGCUGGGAAGUUGUUCAUGGUGGACAGCAUACCAAAGCUAACCAAAAAUCCUUCAGCCCCGGGGCUGAGGUCAUUUACUCAGGUUGCUAAAGGAUUCUGGUCUCUGCAAAUCAACACGUGUCCAUCUCAAUUUGCUUUGCAGCAUGCCGUGAACCAUAUGAAAGUGGCCUACAUGCCACCCAUGCAAGACAUAGGUCCUACGCCUCGACAUGUGCAGUUCACGGUGUCUGUCAGUAACCAACAUGGAGGUACUUUGCCUGGAAUCUGCUUCAACAUCACGAUUCUCCCAGUGGACAAUCAGGUUCCUGAGGUAUUCACCAACACCCUGCGCGUGGUGGAGGGCAGUCAGUGUACCAUCAGCACGGAGUACAUUUCAGUUUCUGAUGUGGACACCCCACUGGACAGCAUCUGCCUCUCUCUUCAGGAGAGGCCUCUGCAUGGCAGGAUAGAGCUGGAUGGAUUUCCUCUAAACCCAGGAGACACAUUUUCUUGGCGAGAUCUCCAUACCUUAAGAGUUAGGUAUCAACACGACGGAUCUGAGGUUCUUCGGGAUGAGAUAUUCUUGGAGGUCACAGAUGGCACAAACUCAGCAGAAUUUGUUGUACACGUUGAGGUAUUCCCUGUGAACGAUGAGCCACCUGUUCUAAAGGCUGACCUCAUUCCCAUGAUGCACUGCUCAGAGGGUGGAGAGGUGGCCAUCACCCCUGAAUACAUUUUUGCUACUGAUGCAGACAAUGAUGACUCACAACUGCUGUUUCUGAUUGCCCAAGAACCUCAGCAUGGGGUGGUGACAAAGGCUGGGAUCCAUGUGGACAGGUUCUCUCAGGGAGAUGUCAUCUCAGGGGCUGUGAUGUACAAACACACAGGUGGUGAGAUUGGCCUCGCACCUUGUUUCGACACUGUUACAUUGGUGGUUUCGGAUGGUGAAGCUGGCCCUUUGGUGAAUGGCUGUUGCUACGAUGGACCCGAUCCAUCUGUCCCUCUACACAAGUCUUUUCCCACGUAUGAGCUCAACAUCACAGUGCAUCCAGUGGACAACCAGCCACCUUCGAUUAUAACAGGCAAGAUGUUCGUGGUGGAUGAGGGAUUCUCAGCAGCCCUUACUACUCAUCAUUUGAUGGCCACUGACCCGGAUACUGCCCCAGAUGGCUUAGAAUUUGUCUUGGUUUCGCAUCCCCAGUUCGGCUACCUAGAAAACACACUCCCUUCUGCUGGUUUUGAGAAAAGUAAUAUGGGCAUAAGCAUAGCUUCACUCCAGUGGAGAGACAUGAAGGCUUUGCACAUUAACUAUGUGCAGUCCAGGCACCUGAGGGUGGAACCAACUGCUGACCAGUUCGUGGUAUAUGCCACAGAUGGGAAACAACGCUCCUUGGAGACAACAUUUCAUGUUAUCAUCAAUCCCACAAAUGAUGAAGCUCCUGACUUCAUGGUACAGAAUAUCACUGUGUGUGAGGGUCACAUGACAGAGCUCGAUUCUUCCAUCAUCAGUGCUGCUGACAGGGAUGUUCCCAAGGACUCCUUGCUCUUCAGCAUCACCCAGAAGCCCCAGCAUGGCCUCCUCAUCAGUGUGGCGAUCAGCAAAGACUCUCCUCAGAUCCAGGAGCUGAAACGUGAAAUUCACAACUUCUCCAUGGACCAUCUCAGGAAUGGAAUGAAGCUGGCCUAUGCCCACGAUGACUCGGAGAGCUCUGCUGAUGACUUUGUGGUCCAGUUGUCAGAUGGGAAACAUACAACACUUAGAACCAUUUCCGUAAAUAUCACUCCCGUGAAUGAUGAGACGCCAACACUAAGCAAGAAGGCUGAAAUCUCAAUGGCUGUGGGUGAUACGCGUGUUCUGUCGAGCGCUGUUCUUUCAGCCAUAGAUAAAGACUCACCUAGGGAGCAGAUUCACUAUGUGUUUGAAAGACUUCCCAGAAAUGGGAAACUUCAGCUUAAGAUAGGGAGGGACUGGGUCCCUCUCUCAGCUGGCAUGCAGUGCACCCAGGAGGAUGUGGACCUGAACGUGCUGAGAUACACACACACUGCUAAAGUGGAUUCCCAGGACGGAGACAGCUUCACCUUCUACCUCUGGGAUGGGGACAACAGAUCGCCUAUGUUUGACUGUCACAUCAUCACGGAAGACGCUAGAAAAGGUGAUAUUGUCAUUCAUGCAAAACCACUCGUGGUAGCCAAAGGCGACAGAGGUUUCUUGACAACGGCCACUCUCCUGGCUGUGGAUGGAGGAGACAAGCCCGAGGAAUUGCUGUACCUCGUCACUUCCCCACCACAAUACGGCCAGGUGGAGUACGUUCACUAUCCCGGAGUUCCCAUCACCAGCUUUAGCCAAAUGGACAUAGCAGGACAGACAGUCUGCUACGUACACAAGAGCAGGGCGGCCAUCCCCAGUGACAGCUUCAGAUUUACCGUCAGCAACGGACUGCAGACGCAGAGCGGGGUGUUUGAGAUCACACUGGAGACUGUGGACAGAGCCUUGCCUGUGGUGAGCAGGAACAAAGGGCUGAGGCUGGCCGAAGGGGCCGUUGGCCUACUCUCGGCGGACUCCCUUCAGCUGACUGACCUUGACACACCUCCAGAGAACCUAACCUUCCUUCUGGCCCAGCUCCCACGCCAUGGGUACCUCUACCUGAGGGGGAAAGUGCUUCAACAUAAUUUCACCCAGCAAGAUGUGGACAGCAGGGGCGUGGCCUAUCGGCACUCAGGAGGCAGCUCUCAGGAGGACUGCUUUACUUUCCUGGUCACGGACAGGAAGAACCCAGGCUUUGUUGUGGAUGGGAAAGUUCGGAAAGAGCCUGUUCUCUUCACCAUCCAGGUAGACCAGCUGGACAAAGCACCACCCCGCAUCACACGCCUGCACUCCCCUUCUCGAGUGGCGCUCUUGAAAAACGGCUGCUAUGGGAUUUACAUCACUGCCCAUGUGCUGAAGGCAUCAGAUCCUGACACCGAGGACGACCAGAUCAUCUUUAAGAUUUUACGAGGCCCCUUGUACGGACGUCUAGAGAACACAACAACAGGCGAAUUUAUCCAAGAGCGAUUUAGCCAGAAGGACUUAACCACUAAGACUAUUUUGUACAUCAUAAACCCAUCUUUGCAAGUGAAUUCAGAUAUCCUGGAAUUUCAGGUCACGGACCCCACAGGGAACGCUGCCACUCCUCAAAGCUUGGAGCUGAAGUGGUCUUAUAUUGAAUGGUCCCAGACUGAGUAUGAGGUCUGUGAGAAUGUGGGCUUAUUGCCCUUGGAAGUUACCAGAAGGGGAUACUCCAUGGACUCAGCCUUUGUGGGCAUUGAGGUCAAUCCAGUGUCAGCUGUAGUUGGAAAGGAUUUUACUGUCACUCCAGCCAAAUUGAUUCAGUUUGACCCAGGAAUGUCAACGAAGACGUGGAAUAUAGCAAUUACCUAUGACGGAUUAGAGGAGGAGGAGGAGGUCUUUGAAGUAAUUCUGAACUCCCCUGUGAAUGCCGUUCUUGGCACAAAGACAAAAGCUGCAGUGAAAAUUUUGGACUCAAAAGGAGGACGUUGCCAUCCUUCAAAUCCCUUCAACCAAAGCAAGCACAGCACAUGGGGGAAGGGCACUUGGCAUCCGCUGCCCUCAGGGUCAUCCUCACUCACCACUGCUGGUUUUCCUCAUCUGGAAAGGAGGCCCCCUCCAUCUUUCACCAAUGGAGAUGCCCUUCAGGGCUUUGAGCUCACAGACCUCUCUCAAAGGAGGAUGAGGACCCAUGGGAACGGCAAAUCAGUCCUCCCAUCCUCUGUUUGUAAAAAUGGAACAGACACCAUCUACAAUUAUCAUGGCUUAGUUUCCUUGAAACUAGAGGGUGACGGUUUCUCAGCUCACAAACAGAAGGCCAAAAUACCCAUCCUUAGCCAGCCACCAAAGCCAAUCAAGGUGGCAGUGCUGCCUCUAGUUGGUAAGGUAGAAUCCACAGCCGACUCACACUUUCCCAGACAGGGUCUGCUGCCCUUGUUUCCAAAGAACUGCUCUGUGGAAUUAAAGGGACUCUUUCAUUUUGAAGAAAAAACCGACAGAUUGUAUCAAUGUGAUGGGAUCACCUGGAAAGCCUGGAGUCCCCAUAGCAAGGGCCUCAAGGACAAAUCCUGCCCAGCUGGAUGGCAUCUUCACUCAGGCUACUGUCACUCUGUGAUCACCUGGCAGAAAGGCACCUGGACCACUGCCGCCCGAGCUUGCAGAGAACAGUACCAGGGAAACCUUGUGACCGUACUCUCCAGGAGACAUAUGCAGUGGCUAUGGGCGACCAGUGGAAGAAAGCCCUUCUGGAUAGGCUUGAAGAACCAAGUGCGAACUGGCCGCUGGGAGUGGACUGGAGGUGAACCUGUUGCUUUCACCAACUGGAGGAAAGGGUCCCCUCAGCACCCAAAGCCCGGAAAAAACUGCGUUUUGGUCCAAAAGAGAGGACAAUGGCAACUAAAGAACUGUAAUAAAGGCAAGGUGCACAAUUUUGUGUGCUCAAGGAAGCUCUGAGUGGAACCUCAGAUUCCUCACCUGUCGAUUUACAAGAGCUAUGUGCAUUGCUCAGUAGAAACACGUUGUUGUGCCUGGCUGGGCAUGUCUUUGUGAGUCUCCCAUGUUAACACGGAGGCUAGAUCAUCAGGCCCAGAAAUAUGGAUGUAUGGAUGUGCCAUUCAAGAUGAGAUACAACUUCUGCAUCCUGGUAUUUUUCUAAGUAAAUGCCUGCGGUAUUACAGGCUAUAAUAUUUGCUUCUCCCAGAAGAUUCAUACACUUUCCUAUGCCAACUCUCAGGCCGUGCAAAUUUUCAUGGACCCUCCAUAUCUUUGUCCCUCGACCUCAAACGAGUUCACCCAGAAA